GGCUCCGGCCGGGCAAACUAGACAAACCCGAGCAUUACCCAAAACGGCACAGGAAACAUGGCGGCGUUCAGUAGACAUUUGACAGCGAAAAACUCUUCAAUAGCAGGCGGUAUUUUGCUGCUGUUGUACCUACUGAAACAAAGAAAACGUGCAUCCAAACAGGGCGGUAGGAAAGGAGGGACAGACAUACUGCCUAACUCUGAGAGAGAUGGCAAAAAGGACCGAGCAGCAGUUGACAAGACGUUCUUCCUCCGGAUCAUCCGGAUCGUGCGCCUCAUGAUACCUCAAGUUUUCUGCAUGGAGACCGGCUACCUUAUCUUUAUUGCUGCCAUGUUGGUGGCGAGGACCUACUGUGAUGUAUGGAUGAUCCAGAACGGCACCAUGAUCGAAAGUGCAAUUAUUGGUCGCUCAACAAAAGAUUUCAAGACCUUCUUGUUCAGCUUUAUCAAAUUCAUGCCACUUAUAGCCUUGGUGAAUAACUUCCUGAAGUUGGGUCUGAACGAGCUGAAGCUGAGGUUUCGGGAAAGGCUCACAAAGAGCUUGUACGACCAAUACCUGCAAGGUUUCACAUACUACAAAAUGGGAAACCUGGACAAUCGGAUUGCUAAUGCCGACCAGCUACUGACUCAGGAUGUGGAGAAAUUUUGCAACAGUGUGGUGGACCUUUACUCCAACCUCAGCAAGCCUCUUUUGGAUAUUGGUCUGUACAUAUUCAAGCUGACAAGUGCUAUUGGGGCUCAGGGCCCAGCUAUCAUGAUGGCCUACUUGCUGAUCUCGGGUCUGUUCCUGACCAGACUAAGGAGGCCGAUAGGCAAGAUGACUGUCACAGAGCAACGCUACGAGGGAGAGUACCGCUUCGUCAACUCUCGCCUCAUCACCAAUAGUGAAGAGAUUGCCUUCUACAAUGGGAACACGAGGGAAAAACAGACCAUUUAUGCCACAUUUAAGAAACUGGUGGACCACUUGCACAACUUCAUCUUUUUCCGCUUCUCCAUGGGAUUUGUGGACAGCAUUAUUGCCAAGUACAUCGCCACAGUGGUGGGCUACCUGGUGGUCAGCCGUCCAUUCCUAAACAUUUCACACCCACGACAUCUGCACAGCUCACACUCUGAGCUGCUGGAGGACUACUACCAGAGUGGGAGGAUGCUCCUGAGAAUGUCCCAAGCCCUCGGCAGGAUUGUACUGGCUGGCAGAGAGAUGAGCCGUCUCUCAGGAUUCACAGCUCGUAUCACUGAACUGAUGAAAGUCCUGAAGGAGCUGAAUGCUGGAAAAUACGAACGCACAAUGGUCUCACAGCAAGAGAAAGAAUCAGAAACUGCAGAGAAACUCAUUCUGGUUCCUGGAAGUGGUCAAAUUAUCAACAGAGAUAACAUCAUCAAAUUUGACCAUACUCCACUGGCAACACCUAACGGAGACGUAUUGAUUAGGGACCUCUCAUUUGAGGUGAGGUCUGGUACCAACGUUCUUGUAUGUGGACCCAACGGUUGUGGAAAAAGCUCUCUGUUCCGAGCCCUCGGGGGGCUGUGGCCUCUGUUUGGAGGAAGCCUGACAAAACCUGAGAGAGGGAAGCUCUUCUACGUGCCACAGAGACCCUACAUGACUCUGGGUUCUCUGAGGGACCAGGUCAUUUACCCCGACACCUAUGAACAACAGAGAAAGAAAGGAAUCUCUGAUCAGGUGUUGAAGGAUUACCUGGACAAUGUUCAGCUGGGUCACAUCCUGGAAAGGGAGGGCAGCUGGGACUCAGUCCAGGACUGGAUGGAUGUCCUCAGUGGAGGAGAGAAGCAGAGGAUGGCUAUGGCCAGAUUGUUCUACCACAAGCCCCAGUUUGCCAUUCUUGAUGAGUGCACCAGUGCAGUGAGCGUUGAUGUGGAGGACUUCAUCUACAGCCACUGUAGAACGGUCGGCAUCACUUUGUUCACAGUGUCUCACAGAAAAUCUCUGUGGAAGCACCAUGAGUAUUAUCUCCAUAUGGACGGGAGAGGGAACUACGAGUUCAAACCCAUCACUGAUGAAACUGUGGAGUUCGGCUCAUAACUCACUACUGAUAUAAGCAAACACACUUUGCUCUGAUGAAACUAGUCCAUUAAUUCUUUGCACUUAAGUCAGAACUCAUAGCUAAAAAAAAACUAGAACAUAAUGUUUUUAAUCAUUUAUGAAUCUCAUUCUUGUUUCUUUUUUUUUUCACUUUGAUGUCCAUUAAUUUGUUGAGUGUUAAUUUACAAACCUUCUAAUUGACCUUAUAUUUAGGUUUUGUUCAUAGAUUCAAAAGGAGAAAGCACCCUAAACUGUUUUGAUCAUCCUUAACAUGCAUCAGUGGCUUACAGCAGCCACAGAGGUUAAACAUAAUGUGGAAUACAUGAUGUAAUACCCAAAGUAUGCAUGCACAAUGUUAUUUUCCUAUAUGCUCACUGACACGAGUGAUGGCUGCCUGAUAGGUUGUAAUUUAAGUUACACUUUCCACAGCUGACAGACGCGGAGAGCAGCGGAGGCUGGCGAUCACAAACAGUUUUACAGUUACAAGAUGAAGACUUGAGUCAUGUUAAGGAGUACAAUUUGACUUCUUUAUAGUCAUCCAACAGAAACAUGAUUGCA